AUGGUUACCCUGCCGGACUUUGACGAGUACCUCUUCCGGACUCUCCCUGCUGGAUUCGUCAAUCCAGUAGGUCACCGGUACCUCAUCAAAGCUUCUCAUCGUCCGCGCAACUUCACGGCCUUCGGUCGACCGCAAGCCCGGCGCACCUUCACGGCCUUCUCGUCGUCGUCGCACCUUCUCCGGGCCAUCCACAGUUUGUUGACCGCGAGCCUGAGUGACCUCCUUCGAGCGACCGUCGUCCGUCGACCGCCCGCCGUUAUCCGUCGACCGCCGUUAUCCGUCGACCGCCGCCUGCCGUUCUUUGAUGAAGUUCUUGUGAGAAGUUCAUAUACUAGCUUAAGAUUGCACCUAGUCUCUUCCCCAAGAAACUUAUGUGAUACAGGGGAUUUCGAACUGAGCCCUAACAUGAAGAUCAAGGUUGAUUAUGAAUACAAAUACAUUGACGAUCCUGGUAGAGUUACACCAGCCGAACAAUGGAUCAGAGGGUACUGGUAUGGUCCUCAGGUAAUCCCUAUAUCAUCUGCUGAGUUGGAUGCUGUCAAGUUCAAACCAGAGAAUGGUUUGAAACUUCUAGGUUUUAUGGAGGCUUCAAAUGUCAUGAGUUGGAUUCAUUCUAUUUCAAAGUACUUCCUUUUGCGGAGGAUGUGGGAGUUUCAGUUUCCAUCUCUUAGCAAUUUGCCUUCGACAAUGCAGCCAACCGAACAACAACAAGAGGUUGCUGAUAAGUUGGUCCAAAUGCUUGAUCUUGCUCCACCUGGCAGAGAGGAAGCCUUGCAACCGAAUGUCACACCAAAUCCUGUUCCAGAGCAAUUUCCUAUGCUCAAGAUUAUAUCACUUGAUAUUAUCCACUCGUUGGAAGAGGCUUUGAGCAUUGAUGAGCCAUAUUCGGACGAGGACAUUGAGAAUAUAAAAAUGCGGUGGACGAAGUACUUUCUUGAGGUUACUUCAUGA